AAAAAACCAAAAAAAACGAGAAAAAAAAUUAAUAAAUAAAAAAAGUCAGUUCCUCGAGGAUCAAAAUACCCGAUUUUGAGAUACACAAAUCUCGACAAGUCGGCGGCGGUGUAACAAAUCAGUCGGAGCUAUGGCGAUGCAAGCCGGAGUUGGUUUAUCGAGGAUCUUCCUCUUAGCCGGAGCAGGUUAUACUGGUACGAUCAUGAUGAAGAACGGGAAAUUGUCCGAUUUGUUGGGUGAAUUGCAGGGUCUGGUGAAGGGAAUGGAGAAAUCUGGAGAAGGACCUGAUGGUGAUUCUGAUGUUUCUGAUGCCAUAGCUGCUCAGGUUCGCCGAUUAGCUAUGGAGGUUCGACACCUAGCUUCUCAGCAGCAUAUAACUGUCAUGGAUGGAGUUUCUGGUGCAAACCUACAAGCUCUUGCUGUUCCUGCUGCUGCAUUAGGAGCUCUAGGAUAUGGUUAUAUGUGGUGGAAGGGACUCUCGUUCACUGACCUUAUGUAUGUGACAAAAGCCAACAUGGCUAAUGCCGUGGCUAACUUGACAAAGAAUCUGGAGCAGGUUUCUCAGGCCCUUGCACUUGCAAAAAGACAUUUAACGCAAAAGAUUCAGAAUAUGGAUGAUAAGGUAGAAAAGCAGAUUGAUCUUUCCAAGGAAAUCAAUAACCAGGUCAUUUUGGCUCGUGGGGAUAUCAACUCAAUUGAGAUGGACUUGGAAUCAUUGCAUAAUCUAAUUACUGGACUGGAUGGGAAGUUGGACACGCUGGAAUAUAAGCAGGAUGUCACAAAUGUUGUCAUGCUACACUUGUAUAACUAUUUAGGAGGCAAGAGCACAAAUCUGCCUGAUAUGGGACAGCUUCAACUUCCUGUAAACCAGAAGGUUCGUAAUUUACUUGCAGAUGUUGAAACCAAGGGGCUGAAAAACUUGACUGAAGAGCUGUUUGAAAGCAAUGGCACACAGGUGACAACCACAGUGAAACAAUUCAGUUUGAAUAAGGUCAAUGUGAAGUCGAGGCCAUUGCUAUCAAGGGCUACUUCAGCUAGGUGUUGAUAUUGAAGUCUCCUGAUGGCGGUUAGGCUUGCGGGAAGUAUAUAAAAAAACAAACUUCUGACUUAUACAAAUGAUCUCGUGAGCCUUAGAAAGCUGAUGUUUUUCCUUGAACAACUGGAGUUUGUUUAUCGACAUGGAUCAUGUGCUGUGUCCACUUUUGGAUUUUGAUACAAUUUAAAAUAAAGUUGAUGUGGGGGUUAUAUAUAUAACACCAAAGACAUGUGAUGCAUGUGGGCAAUACAAAGCCCUGUUAAGAUAAAAUAUGGCUUUGGAAUUCAGAGAUUUAUUUUACAGUUUUGCUUAA